UCGACGUAACACCCCGGCUACGUUGGCAGUAUGGCGGCGGCAGAUGUCCACGUCCGAGUUUGUGAGCAAGAAAUCCUCAAAUAUGACUUGGAAAUUAAAGCUCUCAUCCAGGAUAUCAGAGAGUGCACCGGGCCUCAGAACAAGCUGACAGAAAUAAACACAGAUGUGAAAAAACAUUUCAACAGCCUCAGAUUAAGGAUUCAGGAACUGGAGCGGAUGGCAGUGGAACAAGACAAAGAGUCAGACAAGCAGGUUUUGCUCAGUCAGGUAGAGGGACAUAAAAAGCAAAUGCUGAGUAACCARACAGCCUGGAGGAAAGCCAACCUCGCCAGCAAAAUGUCCAUCGACAACAUGGAGAAGCAGGCGCUCCUUAACGGGGCCGACAGCACCGUGAGGCAGAGGAAGUUGACCAAAGAGGACCUCGCUCAGAACACCAGCAGCAUCACAGAGAACCUCAUGAGCAUCAGCCGGAUGAUGGCCCAACAAGUUCAGCAGAGCGAGGACACAAUAACAACACUAGAUACAACCCUAUUAAUUCUUAUGUAGGAGUUUUAUUAAAUGAUAUCAUGAUGAGGAUUAAUAUUUUAGGGAACAAUGACAGGACUGAACAUGGCUGUGAAAGAGAAGUUUUAAGCUGUUUUUUAAAUUCAUUUUGUUCAAAACUUCUAAAAUUUCUAUAAUUUACUGUAUGUUUAUUUUAUUGUUUAAUUUAUGGCUGCUUAAAAUCACCUUGAUGCUGUUGUGAUGGAUUAGGCUCCUAAAAGUUUGAUUUAUACUUCCUGUUUGUUUGUUUUUUUCUAGGUGAUACCGUUCCACGUAUGUGCACUUAAAACUUAUUCCAUGUCUGUUUUAAUUAAAGCAGAACCUUCCACAGCUCCUGCA